GGGGCACAACGUGCUGUGGUCUUUGUGCUGGGCUCAGGAGGAACCAGUGUGGGAACUUGAGCAGACAACGCCUUCAGGAAACUGUUUCGGUGGGCGACUUGGAUUAGGUGCCGCAGGGCGUUCAUUACGACGAUGCCUAAACGUGGGAAAAAGGGAGAAGUUGCAGAAGAUGGGGAUGAACCCAAGACUGAGCCAGAGUCCAAGAAGUCUAAGGCAGGAGCAAAGAAAAAUGAAAAAGAGACAGCAGAAGGACCAAUCCUUUAUGAGGACCCCCCAGAUCAGAAAACGUCACCCAGUGGCAAAUCAGCCACCAUCAAGAUCUGUUCCUGGAAUGUGGAUGGGCUUCGGGCCUGGAUUAAGAAGAAAGGUUUAGAUUGGGUCAAGGAAGAAGCACCAGAUAUCCUGUGCCUCCAAGAGACCAAAUGUUCAGAAAGCAAACUACCGGCUGAACUUCAAGAGCUGCCUGGACUGUCACAUCAGUACUGGGCAUCUCCUUCAGACAAAGAAGGGUACAGUGGCGUGGGCCUACUCUCACGCCAGUGCCCCAUCAAAGUCUCUUAUGGCAUUGGUGAGGAAGAACACGAUCAGGAGGGCCGGGUGAUCGUGGCUGAAUUUGAGGCAUUUGUGCUGGUAACCGCCUAUGUACCAAACGCAGGCCGAGGGCUGGUGCGCCUCGAGUACCGACAGCGCUGGGAUGAAGCUUUUCGCAAGUUCCUAAAGGACUUGGCUUCCCGCAAGCCUCUUGUGCUAUGUGGGGACCUCAAUGUGGCUCAUGAAGAGAUUGACCUUCGCAACCCCAAGGGAAACAAAAAGAAUGCUGGCUUUACACCCCAAGAACGCCAAGGCUUUGGAGAGCUGCUACAGGCCGUGCCUCUGGCUGACAGCUUCCGUCACCUCUACCCUGACACAGCCUAUGCCUACACCUUUUGGACUUAUAUGAUGAAUGCUCGGUCCAAAAAUGUUGGUUGGCGUCUUGAUUACUUCCUAUUGUCUCAGUCUUUGUUACCUGCAUUGUGUGACAGCAAGAUUCGUUCCAAGGCCAUGGGCAGUGACCACUGUCCCAUCACCUUAUACUUAGCACUGUGAUACUCCCCUAAACCACUGAGCCUGGGAAAUACAGCAGUAUCCAUACCAUAUC